GCUCCCCUCUCUUUGAAGUCUACAUCCGCCUCUAAUCAAUCGGCCAUUUUCUGCGCUGCCUUCGCCGACGCCGGUGGGGUUCUCGGCGUCCUUCAUUUUAUCUGCGUUUUUGCUGUAAUUUGCUGUCUAACGCGAAGAACUACAUCUAGCAACAUGCCUGGCAAAGAUGCUGAACAGCAGAGGAAGCUGUUCAUCGGUGGCCUCGACUACCGCACCACAGAUGACAGCCUCAAGUCCUUCUAUGAACAGUGGGGCGAGAUUGUGGAUGUCAUCGUCAUGAAGGACCCCAGGACUAAAAGGUCCCGAGGCUUCGGGUUCGUGACGUUCGCCGACUCGACCAUGGUGGACCAGGCGAUGGACAACCGUCCGCACGUGAUCGACGGCCGCGAGGUGGAGGCCAAGCGCGCCGUGCCCCGCGAGGACGUCGGCAAGUCCGUCAACAACGUCACCGUCAAGAAGAUCUUCAUCGGUGGCAUCAAGGACGACAUCACCGAGGACGACCUCCGCGCCUACUUUGGGGAGUAUGGCGAUAUCGCCUCAGUCAACAUGCCUUUCGACAAGGAGACCGGUAAAAUGCGUGGAUUUGCGUUCAUCGAGUUCGUCGACUACGACUCUGUCGACAAAAUCGUCCUGAAGAAGAAUCACGAAGUGAAUGGCAAGUUUGUGGACGUCAAGAAGGCGCUGAGUAAGGCGGAGAUGGCCGAGGCCGGCGCUGGCGGCGGCGGGUUCGGAGGACGGGGCGGCGGCCGCGGAGGGCGCGGCGGCUUCCGCGGGGGCCGUGACGGCGGCGGCGGCCGCGCCGGCCCCUGGGGCGAGGGCGGCCGCGGCGGCGGCUCCGGCGGACGCUGGGGCGGCGGCGGCGGUGGUGGCUACGGCCAGCAGCCGUGGGACAGCUCGGGCGGCCAGUGGGGCGGACAGCAGGGCGGCUAUGGCGGCGGCUACGGCCAGCAGGGCGGAUACGGACAGGGAGGUGGCUACGGCCAGCAGGCCGGUGGCUACGGACAGCAGAGCGGCGGAUACGGACAGCAGGGGGGCUACGGACAGCAGAGCGGCGGCUACGGACAACAGAGCGGCGGCUACGGCCAGAACGGCAACGGCUACGGCCAGCAGGCGGCGGCCGGAGGCGGUGGAUACGGAUACAACAGCGCAGGCGCCCAGGGCAGCUGGGGCGGCAGCCAGAGCGGCGCCACCGCUGCGCCCGACACGUCGGCCAUGGGCAGCUACGGUAACCAGUCGUACGGCGGCGGACCGGCGCGCGGCUACAGCCAGGCCCAGACCAACCGGGCGGCGCCCUACGCGCAGCGCGGCGGAGGUGGUGGAGGCUACAACAAAUACUAAGUCUCCCGCCGUCCACCUGGCUGUUCCGUGUAAGUUCAAACUUAUCGUUACAGCCUCUACGUCUCUCAUAGUCUGAAGCACAUAUGUAUAUGCUGGGGAUUAUCCGCAUUGUGUAAUUUUGGCAUUUGUGUGAAGAUAUGUGUGAACAUUUCAUCGCAUUGAAAUUUGUGUCAGUUUCAUCGGUUUAUGCUACAUUUCACGAUUAACCCUAGGGAAUAGUGAGUUGUACCUGUUUCGACUCGUCAGACCUGUUUCCGGAUGGUUAUGUUGUGUGACGCCUGCGCCCUGUCUGUUUUAGGCGAUUUAGUUUUAUUCAGGGUGACUGGCGUCUGGCUAGGUAGGGCUGCUACAUAGGGGAGGCGGAGUCUGCGCUCCCGGUCCGCACUGAAGUAGCGUGUCAAGCAGGCAGGCAGGCAGGCCUCACAGUGAGAGCGGGCAACGGCGCCUGACGAACGCCAACGAGGGCCACGGCACACAUUCCCCCUCCCCCUCCCGCUCCUCCCGCGCACCCGACCAGCCCGCUCUGUUCAGUCGCCGCCGUCGGCGCGAGCUCAUGUAACCGGCGCCGGCCGUCCGCCCGCGGCCCUGUGCCAGGGAUGGGCCGCCCCACGCGACCCCCGGGACGGCAAACGGACGGCGUCCCCGCCCCCGGGCCGGGACGCCGUCCCCGUCCCGCACUGCAUUCAUUUUGUACAAAUGGUCAAUAAACCUAGACGUCGCUGUCGCUAGCUGGUUUCGUAUGUGUUCCCGUGCUGUGAGUGUAGCCGGCGCGGGCCCGCCAGUCAAGUGGCCGGUCCGCGGAUAGGGCGGUGGAUGGCUCUGUACAAGAAGGCAGCCGCUGUAGAACCAAGCACGGCGUCAGGCAGGCAGGCAGCUACGUAGCGGAGUGCAGGCAGGCAGCUUCUAUCAGGAGGCAGGCAGGCACCUACUAGCUGGAAUAUGAGGAAUAUCGACUAAACAUGGGUCGGUAGGCUGGGUAGGUGGAUGAUUUUCUAUGUUUCGUGAUUGGCACUUACUUAUUUAACCGUCGUCUUAAUGAUAUUUUUCGUUUAUUCCUUACUUUUCAAUGUGCAGUUAGAAAUACCGCAGUCUGACUGAUUUGUUUUGCAUUUAGGCCCCGUCUUUUUUCACUAUCAGUGUAUGCGACAUGACGCUUCCCUAGUUGGGCACGUUUCCAUUAAUAUAUAGCCAGAGUUGCAGGUUUAGCAUUGAACAGUUUGCAUUGAAUAGCCUAACCGGUGAUGUGUUCGUGAUUGCUGCAUUGGUAAUUCGAUUACUGACAGUUGUCUCAUUACAGGUCUGCUCGACGUCAUCGAACUCUGGCGGAACCGGCCAGAGACUCCGAGACGAUGGUCUGCAACAAUCUGUGAUAAAUCCGUACAACUGCCUGUGAGAGUUUAUUUAUUUGUAACGCUACCUGUGAUAUUUACAAAGACAGUAGGCUGUUUUAAAUAAAUUAUGAAGUUUUA